AAUUUCGUGUUCAUUUCAAAUAAAAUCAUUUAACCAAAUCAUUAAAAAAAAAAAAUAAAAAAAAUCGGCAUUUGUAAGCUAUGAUCACAACUGUUAGAAGGUCAUAUACAUGUGGUCGCCGGAUUUUUCAUUCGCAUAUGUGUACAGUUGAGAAGAGUAUGGAUUGCAGCCAAAGAGGGCGUGCAACGUCAAGCAUGUCGACGGCUUCAAACUUGGUACAGUUAUUGCUUCCAACACUAGAGGGGUUCUCAUGGUUUUUACCACAUUACCUGAACGCAGCAGAGGACAACAACGAAGAUGGCGUGUUGUGGAAAUAGUUAUUGUUGCCAAUGUUGCUGCAGAGAGGGGGAGACACGUACACCCGAGGAACUGGCAAUCCUUGGGGAAAUUCGAGAUGAAGAAGAUGAAAUCCUACCAAGGAAAGAUUAUGAGAGCCUUGAUUAUGACCGCUGCAUCAAUGAGCCCUAUGUGGAGGUUCUGGAGGGAAUGGACAACAAGAAAGCAAAGAAAUAUGAAGCUGUGCGGUGGAUUCUGGUGUUCACUAUUGGAGUCACUGUUGGUUUGGUAGGCAUGUUUGUGGACUUCUUUGUGCGCCUCUUUAGCCAUCUCAAAUUCACCUUGGUUGGAAAUUCUGUAGAAGAGUGCAGUGAGAAAGGCUGUCUGGCUCUUUCUCUUCUGGAGCUUCUGGCAUUCAACAUGAGCUUUGUCUUCAUUGCCAGUGUGCUCGUCCUUAUUGAGCCGGUAGCUGCAGGCUCUGGGAUCCCAGAAAUCAAAAGCUACUUGAAUGGAGUGAAGAUUCCUGGGAUUGUCCGACUACGUACUUUCAUCUGCAAAAUUGUUGGAGUCCUGUUCACUGUUUCUGGAGGUCUGUUUGUGGGGAAGGAGGGACCAAUGAUACACAGCGGAGCCAUUGUGGGAGCUGGGCUUCCUCAGUUUCAGAGCAUCACUUUUAAGAAAAUCAGAUUUGAUUUCCCCUACUUCCGCAGUGACAGGGACAAGCGAGACUUUGUGUCAGCAGGGGCUGCGGCUGGAGUUGCUGCUGCCUUCGGGGCUCCUAUAGGUGGCACUCUCUUCAGUCUGGAGGAAGGCUCAUCUUUCUGGAAUCAGGCCCUCACUUGGAAAGUGCUAUUCUGUUCCAUGUCGGCCACUUUCACCCUCAACUUUUUCCGCUCGGGGAUCCACUUCAACAAGUGGGGCAUCUUCCAGCUCCCUGGCUUGCUCAACUUUGGGGAGUUCAAGUGUCCAGAAGGUGAUAAGAAUUGCCACCUGUGGACAAUAGUGGACCUGGCCUUCUUUGUCCUAAUGGGUGUGGUGGGGGGCCUCCUGGGGGCCCUCUUCAACUUUGUCAACAAGAGCCUGGCCAAGUAUCGCAUCAGACAUAUCCACCCCAAGGCCAAGUUUAUCAGGGUUCUGGAGAGUCUGUUGGUUACCAUGGUAACUACAGUGGUAAUAUUUGUGGCAUCUAUGACGCUUGGCGAAUGUCGUGACUUGGUCUCCCCCACAACCCAUAACACAACAGUAACGGUGGCCAACAAAGAUGACAUCCACUCUACCAUCCGCCAGUUCUUCUGUCCCAACAAGACUUACAACGACAUGGCCACACUGUUUUUCAACCCCCAGGAGGCCGCUAUCUACCAGCUCUUUCAUCAGAAUGGAACCUUCAGCCCGGUGACUCUGUCAGUUUUCUUCGUCUUGUACUUCCUGCUGGCCUGUUGGACCUAUGGUGUGUCAGUACCUAGUGGUCUCUUUGUUCCAGCACUGCUGGGUGGGGCAGCAUUUGGACGUCUGGUGGCAAACCUCCUCAACAUAAACCUAGGAAUGGACAUCUACUCUGGGACUUAUGCUCUGAUUGGUGCAGCCUCAUUCCUCGGGGGUGUGGUCAGGAUGACCAUCAGUCUGACUGUCAUCCUCAUCGAAUCCACCAAUGAAAUCUCAUAUGGACUGCCCAUCAUGAUAACGCUUAUGGUUGCCAAGUGGACUGGAGAUUUCUUUAACAAAGGCAUCUAUGACAUCCACAUUGACCUGAAAGGAGUGCCUCUCUUAGAGUGGGAGACAGAGGUGGAGAUGGACAAGCUGACAGCCAGUGAUAUCAUGGAGCCCAACCUAACCUACGUCUACCCCCAUACCCGGGUCCAAUCUCUGGUUAGCAUCCUGCGCACCACUGUUUACCAUGCAUUCCCUGUCGUCACCGAAAACCGUCAGAACGAACGGGACUUCAUGAAGGGCAACAUCUUGGUCAGCAACAACAUUCGCUUCAAGAAAUCCAGUGUUGUGUCGCGUGCCUCAGAGCAACGGCGGCGCUCCCAAUCCAUGAAGUCCUAUCCAUCCAGUGAGCUGAGGAACGUUUGUGACGACCAGGCUGUUGUGGUGGAGCCUGCUGAGGAAGGAGAAGACAUGCUGCAGCAGAUGUUAGAGAGGAGAUAUGCGCCUUACCCCAACCUGUACCCUGACCAGUCCCCCAGUGAGGAGUGGACCAUGGAGGAGCGCUUCAGACCCCUAACCUUCCAUGGCCUCAUCUUACGAUCUCAGCUGGUCAACCUGCUUAUUCGAGGGGUUUGCUAUGCUGAGAACCAGUCAAGUGCCACUCAGCCUAGAUUGUCCUAUGCAGAGAUGACCGAAGAUUACCCACGUUACCCUGACAUUCAUGACCUGGACCUGGCCUUGCUCAAUCCCCGAAUGAUAGUGGACGUCACACCCUACAUGAAUCCGUGUCCCUACACUGUGUCGUCAAACACCCACAUUUCCCAGGUAUUCAACCUGUUUAGGACCAUGGGGCUGCGACACCUACCUGUGGUUAAUGCUGUGGGAGAAAUUGUUGGGAUAAUCACAAGACAUAAUUUAACUCACGAGUUCCUCCUGGCCAAACUCCGACAGCACUACAUCACUGUUUAACCUGAAGUUUUGAGGUCUUUCCAUCCUUUAAACACCAUUUUAGUUUUACCUGGUUCUGAGCCUUUGUCUCUGUCCUUUCCCAAUGCAUGUAUGCACUUCCACAUAGAUGCAGUAUAUACACAACCGCAUACACAUUCAUUAUAGUACAAUGGGAACAUGCCUCCUUGAUAAGUGAUAUCUUUCAGGUAUAUUUUGCUUGGGAACAACACUUCACUAUUCCACAUGCAUACUAGCAGUGAUGUCCAGGAAUAGUCAGCCUUUAGCAUUAACUGCUGUGAGCAUCCACUGACAUAACUGGCAAUUGGGCUGAUUCAUACCAGUAUCAAUAACUGUAACAAUAAAGUUACAUGCAAAAAGCAGGACCAUGAAGACAGAAAUGAGUCAAAAUACCUAAGUUUACUUUUCUGAAAAAGCCAAUAUAAAUACAUGUAUUUUCUACUAAAGUGGAAUUGCUUCAAGAGGUCACUUUUUUUCUUUACUCCUAUCAUAACUGUAUCUUUCUGUUGACAGUAUCUGACUUUGCUUUAUCAUUUUUGUCACUGUAGCACUUUUAUUUUAGACUGUUACUUGUAUGUUUUUUCUUAUGUAAGUGGCAUAUACACUCAGUUGCCACUUUAUAAGGUCAACCUGUGCAAUCUAAUACAAUCAAAUCCAACUGUUUUGCCAUAAAGUUUACUGUUAUGAUGCCUAUAAUGCUUAGGUUCACUUUUUGCCUCAGUAAUAGAGGUGUUCAUUCACUUCUAUGUUUGGCAUUGAGGUCAUAGUCAGUGGUGCUGUUGGACUGGACUGCAUUUUAUUGAUAGAUGUUUCUAAUAUGCUUUCCCCCCCAUGUAUAUAAAUAGGGAGGACAAAACAAUAGAAACACCUCUCAAUAUGAUAUAAUCCAGUGCCAGACCUCUGCAAACUACAACCUCAAUAAUAAACAGAAUUGAAUUUACACAUUCUCCAGAAUGUCAGCACAAACUUAAGAUUAUAAACUUUAUUAAAUGGUAGAAUUUAUGGCAGAGCUGUUGCAUUGAACUGCAUUAGAUUGUAGAGAUGUACCUAAUAAAGUGGACACUGAGUGUAUAUACAUGUAUAUAUUUGCACUUAAACCAGGUCACCGUCCCAUUGUGACCUACGACUACUACAUUUAGCUUGGUGAUCAUGUCAGUUUAUUUGGUGAUGAGAAAAACAGUUCUAACCAACUUAGAAGUCUGUAAUUACACUAACCAGUUUAUUGCACUUGUAAUAUAUAACGUAAAGUAUGUGGGGCACAAAUGUAUUAACUGAUGUUCAGCCAAAGUGUUAAAGGGGACUGCAUAUUUGACAAUCUUGGGGUAUAUUGACCAAGAUUUUUUGAUUGUGUAAUUUUGGGCAUUUAAAAGGGCAAGCAAGGGAAAAGGACUAAUAUUUUAGUUUUCAAAACUUUGCAGUCCUCUACUCUUAACCUUCUUGCAAAACAGAGUUUUUUUGGUCAGUUGAUCUAGCGCAUAAUUUCAUGGUGACUUCCCAAAACAAUGAUGUGACUCAAAGUAGCAGCAAGAGAAAAAUGGUCUCCAAACUUGAAUCAUAUUAUCAGUUACUAGAAUGCAAGCAAAAGGAACUGUUUUUUGAUUGAGGCAAAAUUCAAUAUAUGUUGAUUAAUAGGCCUCCGAAGUCAUGUCAUCAUCAGUCUCUGAUGUGUUAACAUUUGCAAGUCAUCUAAUGGGUUUUUUCCUAAUUGCUUCAAAAUAACUUGACAUUUGGAAAUUGUAUUGAAAUGACUAAAGAAUUUUUUUCACCCAAUUUUGACCUGAAAGGAAUCAGUGUAAUUUUAGAUCCAUUCAAGUGGUUAGCCACUUGUAAGUAAGUAAGUAAGUAACAUUUAUUUGUAUAGUACUUUUCACAGAGAAAGCUCACAAAGUGCUUUCCAGGAUUAAAAGGAAAAACAACAAACAUGAUUGCAUUCAAACAACAAACAUGAGUGCAUGCAAACAUACACACAAACAAAAUAACACAUUAACAGCAAGUCGGGUGUCACGUCAAAAGGAACACCUGCCUAAAGAAAUAGGUUUUAAGGUGCUUUUUAAAACUGACAACAGAUGCUGCAGCUCUCAGGGUCUGGGGGAGGGCGUUCCACAGUCUAGGUGCAGCUGACUCAAAGGCUCGAUUUCCACGAGUUCUGAGUCUAGUGCGGGGAACUGUCAGCAGGUUGUGGUCAG